AUAAAAAAAUGGCGGGCGACGUAAUGCCAUCGGUUGUCAAAUUGUCAACAGUCAAAGUCACGACCAACGGUAGCGUCGCUUUCAAUUGUUGAAUAUUAUUUGUUUAGAUAAUUCGUACCAAUUUCAAUAGUAUUUAAUUCGUCUUAAUUGUUGUUAGAUGUCGUUUUGUUAUUUGUAAGAAUUAAAAUCCAGAGCAAUGGCUGGGCGCGUCAAAAAGGCAGCACCCAAGAAAAAAGCCGCUGGCUAUAAAAUGCCAGCUCCUAUUCCCACUGGUGAAGUUAUUAAGGAUACUCUCUUCAAAAAGGAAUGGCGGAUAGGACCGUCUAUCGGUGUAGGAGGAUUUGGAGAAAUAUAUUCAGCCUGCGACCAUACUUUAAAAGUCAAAGGAUCAGAUUACCCCUACGCAAUAAAAAUUGAGCCUCAUGAGAAUGGACCACUUUUUGUGGAAAUUAACUUCUAUCUCAGGAAUGCCAACAAGGAUGACAUUGCAAAGUUUAUGCAAAGCAGAAAGCUGACAAGCUUGGGCAUGCCAACAUACUUUGGCAAGGGGUCACAUGAGUGCAAUGGAGUCACUUACAGAUACUUGGUCAUGGAGCGCUUUGGCAAAGAUGUGUGGAGUCUGUUCACCGAGGCCGGGAAGUCAUUCCCACCAGCUACUGUCUUCCAAUUGGGUUUGCAGAUGCUUGACGUGUUGGAGUACAUACACAGCCGUGGCUACGUACAUGCAGACCUCAAAGGCGCCAACAUGCUACUUGGUCUGAAGAAAACUGCUAAGAACCAAGUGUAUCUAGUAGACUUCGGUCUAGCCACACGACUGAAAGAGGACCAGCCAUUCACCCCAGACCCGAAAAGCGCUCAUAAUGGUACCAUUGAGUACACUAGCAGGGAUGCACAUUUGGGAGAGCCUACAAUGCGCGGAGACCUGGAGAUCCUCGGUUACAACAUGCUGCAGUGGUUGGUAGGAGAGCUGCCCUGGGAGAAGUCCCUCAAGCAACCAAAGACAGUACAGGCCAUGAAGGAAGAAUUCAUGAAGAAUGUACGGACCAAAAUAAAGAGCAUGUCUAGCAAUGUACCUGAUGCACUAAUCAAAUUCUUCGAAUACAUAAACACAAUGAAGCCUAAAGAAGUACCAGAUUACAAGAAGUGUCGAAAAUUGUUCGAAGACUACCUCAAGACUGAAGGCAAAACUAGAAAUAGUACGCUAGAAUUCUCCCCUAGUAAGGUUAAGUCACCAAGUAAAGGUAGAAAGAGAGUUAUUGCUGUGGACAGUGAUGGCUCUGAUGAAGAGGAACCGGUGAAGGUAACUAAACAGAAUGGAGAUGUACCAAAGAAACGAGGAAGGAAACCCAAGGUCGCAGAUGCAGAUACAGAAAACAAGGCCCCAGAAGUGAAGGAGAUAAAGACAAAGGGUAAGAGGAAAUCAUCAGAGCCAGCCGUGUUGGUUAAAGUGAAGAAGACGAGGUUAAACCCAGCAUCCACACCCCCCGCUAAGGAGAACCACAACAACAUCGCCACACAGACCUCCAUUGAGAAGAAUAAGUACAGUCCGAGACUAAACACUUCCAGACACGUGUCCUUCGAUAGCCCGAUCAGUGAAAUAGUUGGUGACAGUAGCAAGAACAGUGGCAUCAACUCGAGCGGGGACAUUUUCGAUGACUCCUUCACUAUAGAGAAAGUUAAAGUUAAGCCUAAGAGAAAAUUGUUAUCCAAUGAAGAGGUACUUGUUAAGAGGGUAGUUAGGAAAAAAGUUACGAGUGUGAAAAAGGGUAAGUCUUGGAAAGAUCUCCCUACAGUUGUGAAUGGGCGGUCGCCACCCAAGUAAGUUUGUUAUUGGUCACAUAGUUUUAUGAACAAUAUUUAACCCGCCAGUGAAUGCGCAAGUGUGUGAACUCAUACUGACAAUAUUACUAUGUCAUUCUGAUUGAUGUAUUCGACAAAGAAUUGGUAGUACUUACUUAUAUGCCCGUGCCAUUAAACAAUUAUAAUCCCACUAUAGCUAGCUUUAAUAAUAUAAUCCAUAUAAUCUACUUGAUACCUUGAUUUUAUUGGUUGGUUUAAAAAUAUCAUUUCACAAAGAACAAAACUGUCAUGCUUUAAGCAUUUCAUUAUUAUUUUCACAUUCUAAGUUGAAUAAUUUUAAUAUUGCUUUCUUGACCAAUCAAUGAUUUAAAUAAGUUCAAUAAUUAAGUUUUAUUUAAUAAUAUUUUAAUUCAGAUACCUGCCUUAUUAUCCCGAGAUUAUUAUCAAAUACAUUUGUUUUAUUUUUUUCUAGUUACUUUUUUUAGUUCUUACCAAUUGGCGCUAGUGUAGCAUUAUAUUCUGUUAGUCUAACCUUUGUAUUUUUCAAAAGACCUUAUAUGAGAGCCUUAUGUAAACAAUAUUUAAUCCAGUUAGAUGAAAAAUAAACUAAUAUAAUCAUAAAAAUCUCGUAUACAAAUAAAUGAUUGCUUUAGGAGUUUAUACCUCUGUAAAUAAUUCCAUUUUGUACUUUUUCUAUAAUUAAUGUUCAGAAUAAUUCUAAUGAUUACUUAACUACUUCUCAAAGGUGUGAAGAGCACAAAUAAUGUUUUUUUUUUUUAAUAAUUUUAAUACUAAUCCACCGUAAUACCUAAUAAUUUAUAAUAGAAUUGAUUUCAAAUACAAUUUGUACCUUCAGUUUUAGUCAUUAAGAUUUAAAAUCCAGUGUCGCACAAUAUCACAUUUGAAUCGAAAUUUGUGACAUUUUUGCCACUGGAUUUCCCACCCUAUUCUAAGCAUUGUUAUGUUGUUUUUACAAUAGGAUUGGAACACAUUACUUUUUCAACUGUUGCCAAGUGGAUACACUUGCAAAAAUCACCCUUAUUGUUAUCUUAAUAAAGACUAAAUAGUAGUUGUAACCACUGAUAUUGAUUUGUACUUACUUGUUGAAGUUUGAUAACUCACUAAAACAGUUUUGGAUUGUUUAAAAAUAUAUUGCAAUGUUGUAAUUGUUGAUUAUGAAACAUGCUUGUUACUUACCUGAUAUUGUUGAGCAAAUGUGAACCAUGUGUGUCAUGUGUUAAGAUCUAAUUUCCAUAGUUGGUGCCAAAUCGAACAGGAAUUAUGUGGCUUAAGAUGUUGAAAAGUGCAUAAUAUUUUAAUAUUGUAUAUAGUACAACAUCAUCUACGUUUUCAACAUCUUAACUAUUACAGUAGCCAGCAGGUCAACGUACUAAUUUCUUUAUUAGAUUUAACUUAACUGUUUUGAUUUAAAGUCGAAAAUCUAAUGAAAAAAUAGGGAUGAUGAUGGGGUAUGAAAAUUAAGAAUGUAUUUAGUCCGUCAGUUAGGUAAUGAAAAAUAUUAGACACGUAUUUUUAAAUAAAAAGAAUCAAAGUUUAGGAGUGAGAGUAAAUACGUCAUUUCUACGUAUAAAUCGUACCUAGAAAUGACGUCACGCGAUAUUUCAGAUCAAUAUACCUUCGAAAGUAUGUUUUCGUAAGAAAAUAAAAAAAUACGUGUUUAAAGUUUUAAAAUGUAGAUUACAAGACAUACAUUAAAAUAGAAAUUAGUCCUAUUGAGUAGGUUGAUCUGCUGGUACGUAAGGUCUCGGGAGGUUUAAUAAUUGCAUGUUAAAGGGUCUUGUUUGGUUCAAGAUAAUGUUCCUGUUGAUGAAGUUAGGUAGUUAGUUGGAGGGAGGGGUGAUACUCCGUGAUACCUACUGUUAAACUUGUUUUGGAUUGUUAUUCGCAGUGUUGUGCACACUGUUUUAGUGAGCGGGUUGUGUUAAUAUGCAUUCGUUUUGUGUGUGAUCAAUAUGUAAUUAUUAUGUAAAAUAAUUCAAUAAACAGUAUUUCUUAA